AUGUUGAGAACCUCCCUCCGCAAGUCCUGCGGCCAGCUGCUCCGCAGCAACGGCACGCCGCGAUGCUCGGCCCUCGCCUCCGCCAGGCGGCCUGCGGCUGCCUCGACGAGCUUCCUCCAGAAGAGACAUGCCAUGUCCUCAGCGCCGGCGCAUAACGACAACUUCCUCUCUGGCAGCACUGCCAACUAUAUUGACGAGAUGUACCUCCAGUGGAAGGAGGACCCCAAGAGCGUCCACGUGUCGUGGCAGGUCUACUUCAAGAACAUGGAGAGUGGUGAUAUGCCUAUCCAGCAGGCAUUCCAGCCGCCACCCACCCUUGUCCCUGGCGCAACUGGUGGUGUUGGUGCUGCCGUCUCCGGUGUAGGCAUGGGCAGCGAUGUGACCAACCAUCUCAAGGUCCAGCUUCUCGUCCGCGCAUACCAGGCCCGUGGCCACCACCAGGCCAAUCUCGAUCCUCUGGGCAUUCGCAACGACUCCUCUGGCUUUGGAAACAUUCGCCCCAAGGAGCUGACUCUGGAGCACUACCAGUUCACCGAGAAGGACCUUGACUCCGAGUUCACUCUUGGCCCCGGCAUCCUGCCCCGCUUCAAGCGUGAUGGCCGCGAGAAGAUGACCUUGCGCGAGAUUAUUGACGCCUGCGAGAAGAUUUACUGCGGCUCGUACGGUGUCGAGUUCAUCCACAUUCCCGACCGGGGCAAGUGCGACUGGCUCCGUGAGCGCAUCGAGGUUCCCCGUGCCUUCAAGUACUCCAUCGACGAGAAGAGGCGCAUCCUCGAUCGCCUCAUCUGGAGUUCCAGCUUCGAGUCCUUCCUUGCCACCAAAUACCCCAACGACAAGCGUUUCGGUCUUGAGGGCUGUGAAACUCUUGUCCCCGGUAUGAAGGCCCUGAUCGAUCGCAGCGUCGAUUAUGGUGUCAAGGACAUUGUUAUUGGCAUGCCUCACCGUGGUCGUCUCAACGUGCUCAGCAACGUUGUGCGCAAGCCCAACGAGUCUAUCUUCAGCGAGUUCGCCGGCACUGCUGGUGCCGAAGAUGAGGGUUCUGGCGACGUCAAGUACCAUCUCGGCAUGAACUUCGAGCGCCCUACCCCUUCCGGCAAGCGCGUCCAGCUCUCUCUCGUGGCCAACCCCUCCCAUCUGGAGGCCGAGGAUCCCGUCGUCCUGGGCAAGACCCGUGCCAUCCAGCACUACAACAAUGACGAGAAGACCCACCGCACCGCCAUGUCUGUCCUCCUCCACGGCGAUGCUGCCUUUGCUGCGCAGGGUAUUGUCUACGAGUGUCUCGGAUUCCACUCUCUACCUGCCUUCUCGACUGGCGGCACCAUCCACCUCGUCGUGAACAACCAGAUCGGCUUCACUACUGACCCUCGCUUCGCUCGCUCCACCGCCUACUGUACCGAUAUUGCCAAGGCUAUCGACGCUCCUGUGUUCCAUGUCAACGCCGACGAUGUCGAGGCUGUCAACUUUGUUUGCCAGCUUGCCGCCGAUUGGCGUGCUGAGUUCCAGACCGAUGUCGUCAUCGACCUCGUCUGCUACCGCAAGCACGGCCACAACGAGACCGACCAGCCUUCGUUCACCCAGCCCCUCAUGUACAAGCGUAUUAGCUCUCACGAGCCUCAGAUCGAUAUCUACGUCGAGAAGCUUCUCAAGGACGGAACUUUCACCAAGGAAGACAUUGAGGAGCACAAGCAGUGGGUCUGGGGAAUGCUCGAGGAGAGCUUCUCCAAGUCCAAGGACUACCAGCCUACCUCCAAGGAGUGGACCACAUCUGCCUGGAACGGUUUCAAGUCCCCCAAGGAGCUCGCCACCGAAGUCCUUCCCCACAACUCGACCGCCGUCGACAAGCAGACUUUGGAGCACAUUGGUGAGGUUAUUGGCUCUGCUCCCGAGGACUUCAACCUCCACCGCAACCUUAAGCGUAUCCUAAACAACCGCACUAAGAGCGUGAUUGAGGGCAAGAACAUUGAUUGGUCUACCGGUGAGGCUCUUGCUUUUGGAUCCCUCGUUACUGAGGGCCACCACGUCCGUAUCUCUGGCCAGGAUGUCGAGAGAGGUACUUUCUCUCAGCGCCACGCUGUCUUCCACGACCAGGAGAACGAGAGCACCUACACUCCUCUGCAGCACAUUGCUAAGGACCAGGGCAAGUUUGUCAUUUCCAACUCUUCCCUGAGUGAGUUUGGUGCUCUUGGCUUCGAGUACGGUUACUCGCUGUCGUCUCCCAAUGCCCUUGUCAUGUGGGAGGCCCAGUUCGGUGACUUCGCCAACAACGCUCAGUGCAUCAUCGACCAAUUCAUCGCUUCCGGUGAGGUCAAGUGGAUGCAGCGUACUGGCCUCGUCAUGUCUCUGCCUCACGGUUACGAUGGUCAGGGCCCCGAGCACUCCUCCGGUCGCCUGGAGCGCUACCUGCAGCUUUGCAACGAGGAUCCUCGCGUCUUCCCCUCCCCCGAGAAGCUUGACCGCCAGCACCAGGACUGCAACAUGCAGAUUGCCUACAUGACCACUCCUGCCAACCUUUUCCACGUCCUGCGUCGCCAGAUGCACCGCCAGUUCCGCAAGCCCCUCAUCAUCUUCUUCUCCAAGUCCCUCCUGCGUCACCCUCUUGCUCGCUCCAGCAUUGAGGAGUUCUCCGGCCCCGACGCCCAGUUCCAGUGGAUCAUUGCCGACCCUGAGCACCAGACUGGUGCCAUCAAGCCUGCUGAGGAGAUUGACCGUGUCAUUCUCUGCACUGGCCAGGUCUACGCUGCUCUACACAAGUACCGCGCUGACAACAACAUUGACAACGUCGCCAUCACUCGUAUUGAGCAGCUGAACCCCUUCCCCUGGCAACAGCUGAAGGAGAACCUCGACACCUACAAGAACGCCAAGACCAUCGUCUGGGCCCAGGAGGAGCCAUUGAACGCUGGUGCCUGGUCCUUCACGCAGCCCCGCAUCGAGACACUGCUCAACGAGACCGAGUUCCACGACCGCAAGCACGUCAUGUACGCUGGCCGUAACCCCUCUGCUUCCGUCGCCACUGGUCUCAAGGCCUCGCACAAGAAGGAGGAGGAGGAUCUCCUCGACAUGGCCUUCAACGUCACCCAGGACAAGCUCAAGGGCGAGUAA